CCACAGAUGAUGAUAGUGAUCAAAGUGGCCAGACUGAAUUUCGGAAAGGGUCUAUUCCACCUACCCUUGUAUCCCAAAUCCAAACUUACUCCCAAUAGGAAACCAAAGCAAAACAAUUCGAAUUCACCCGCUAGUCACCCUAAAAACUUACCUGAGAACCUAAAAGCCUCAACCACACGGAGACAACACCGGCAAAGAUGAACGCAUAUCACGAGAAAAAGAGCGUUAAGAAGAAGAAAAACAAAAAAACGAAAGAAUACUGCUCAGACAAUGAUGAAAAGAAAAACCACAAGGACAAGGAAAACACCGAUUCGGAGGAAGAGGGCAUCUACUUGGAACGGGAGGUGAGGGAGGAGAUCCCAGAGACGGGGGAAGACGACUUCCCAGACGAAAGGAAAACUAGUCGCAACGCUGCCAACAAAAACAAAACAAAAGACACCAAAAAAGACAGACCCCAAACACAGGAGCUCUCACAGGCAAGCUUGGAAGAGCUACUUAAAACUAUCGCAGAACUUACAAGGACAACAAUCAAGGUGAUGGACGAAAACGCCAAAAUCAAAGCCGAACUCAGCCGAAUCAACGAACAAACCGAACUCAUAAUCCAAGAGAACCUACACCUCAGAGAACUCGACCUGUUGCAAAACAAUGCAAGACUAAACGAGUCAGAGAAAGCGAGGACUAAGACGUACUCACAGGCGCUGGGCACGCAAAGCGAUGACAACAACGAAACCCCGAAACAAGACGACAAUGAGCAAGAAAAGAAAUAUACUCUACUGGUAACGACAAAAGGAAGUCAAGAAAAAGACGACCACAUCAAAGUGGGCAACCUCCUAAAGAAAUCAAUCGACCCAGCGGACGUCGGGCUGACUGACGUCCGACUUAAACCGAUUAGGGGAGGACUGGCCAUAACUACCAACUCAAAAGAGGCCAUAGAUAAACUGGAAAGGAAAAUCAACGAAACAAAAGACACCAGAGAAAAACUAGAAUACAAAAAACCCAGAGAACGAAAUCCCCAAAUCUCCAUAACACAAGUAGAAAGAGAGCUAACAGAAGAAGAAAUCACGAAGGCAACUAAUAAACAGGAAAAGGUUACUGAUAGGUUGGACCUCCUGUCCCGUCAGAGAGAAUAUAUAUGUCCCAAGAUGCCUCAACUGUUCAUCAUACGGACACACACAAAGGCAAUGCCAAAACAGAGCGACGUGCCCUGA